AUGUCGGAAACUACGGUUACCGACACGGAAAUGCAGCCUCGAAUAGCUGUGAUGGGCAAGGUUGCUUCGCGACAAAGCUCUCGAGGCGUAGAGGUUCAUACCGACCAAGAGAAGGCCCCCAACCACAUCGACAGCACCGAUCACAAACAACCCGUACCCCUGGGAACAUCUGAACCUCCCUCCCCACGAGAUAUCCACGGAAUCAAAUGGGCGUUCGCUGUGACUGCCAUCUUGUCCAGCGUGUUCUUAUUCGCCCUGGAUCAGACGAUUGUCGCGGAUGUUCAGCCAAACAUUAUCGCCGAGUUUGAUUCAAUCUCUAAAUUGCCUUGGCUGUCAGUGUCAUUUCUUCUCGGAACGGCGAGCACUAAUCUGCUCUGGGGGCGAAUAUAUGGCCAGUUUAAUCCAAAAUGGAUCUAUGUGCUCUGCGUGGUGAUUUUUGAGAUCGGUUCGGCCAUAUGCGGGGCGGCGCCUAACAUGGAUGCCCUCAUUAUCGGCCGUGCUCUGGGCGGCCUUGGCGGCGGAGGAAUGUACCUGGGAGUCAUGAUGAUGCUGUCUCUGUUCACGACACCGGUGGAACGACCCAAAUACAUCGGUAUUAUCGGGGUGGUAUUCGGUUUUGGCACCGUCCUCGGACCUGUGAUUGGAGGAGCUUUUGCGUCCAAUGCGUCCGCAACGUGGAGAUGGGCCUUUUAUAUUAAUCUUUGCAUCGGAGGCGCCUUUGCGCCAGCAUAUUUCUUCUUGCUUCCAUCUCGUGAUCUCCAGCCGGGGAUGAAGUUCUGGGACCGUAUGAAGGCGGUGGACUGGAUAGGAAACACUCUCGUGAUCGGGAUGUAUGUUUCUAUACUCAUGGCCAUCUCAUUUGGCGGCACAACAUUUGCGUGGAACAGCGCCCGAGAAAUCGCUCUGUUCGUGGUUGCGGGCGUUCUGUUUAUCGCGCUGAGCCUCCAUCAAGUCUGGUCCGACCGGCAGAAUCGAAUGUUUCCAGUUCAUUUCCUGAAGAACAGAGGCCUGUUGAUCCAAUUCAUGGUGGGAGCCUCUGCGGGGACGUCGUCCUUUGUGACCAUCUAUUUCAUCCCGCUAUACUUUCAGUUCGUGCAGGACACCAAUUCUCUACUGGCAGGUGUACGGUUACUACCAUUCAUCGGGUCCCUGGCGGUCUUCACCAUGCUAAACGGCCACCUCAUGGCACGACUGGGAUACAGCAUGCCAUGGUAUGUCACCGGAUCGGUUCUAGUUAUCGCCGCCAACGCCAUGCUCUACCGAAUUAAUCUCUCGACGUCCAACGGAUACAUCUACGGAGCCAUGGUUCUCAACGGAAUUGGCACCGGCAUGUUUCUCAAUGCUCCAUUCGCCGUGGCCCAAUGGAUAGCUCCACGCAAGGAGACAUCGAGCGCUGUGGGAUUCAUCAUGUGUGCACGAGGGGGAGGACUGGCGAUCGCACUGUCCAUCGCCAAUGCCAUCUUUCUGAACCUGGCCGACAACAGGAUUCGCCACGAUUUUCCCGACCUAGACAAGACGGGGAUUCAAAGUUUAACCUCCGGCUCAGGGAGCACUCUCUUGAAAACGCUGACGCCCGACCAGCAACAGCAAGUUCUCGCUGCUAUUGUGUUUGCCAUCAGCCGUGUGUUUAUCACGUCCAUAGCCUCCGGCUGCUUUUGUCUCAUCGUAUCGCUUUUCAUGGAUCGCAAGAAACACAAGCUUGGUUAGCUCCCUGUAUUAAUCAAGGCACAUCUUUUCUCCUUUCUCCCGAGGUGAACCAUUGGGGAGCUUCAAUUUCAUAGCCUAAGAACCAUACUACAGGCACCCACUUGCCCCCUUUUUUCCUUGUGGAGGUACUGAUCUAAUACAAUUACUUCGAAGUAGCUUGACAAUUUUUCAAAACUGCAACCACACCUUUUGCCAUUUAAUUACCCUCAAACCAUAGGACUUACUUGAACGUGGGGAAAUUCCUCGACACCCCGCACGCAAAUGAAUUUAGGAUACUGUGUUGUAGUUGCCAACGCUAAUGUUUCUA